AUGGCUGCACUGCCCGUGGGACCACUGACAGCACUCUUGCUUGCCGUCCUUGCAUGGAGAGUCGUGUCGACGCUUCGGCAGUACCUGCGCCUGCGGCACAUCCCAGGGCCGCCAAGCGCUGGCAUUUCUCAAUGGUGGCUUAUACGUGCGGUGGGCGGCGGCCGGACGCAUCUCGACCUGUACGAGGCGUGCCAGAAGUACGGGCCCGUGGCCCGGGUCGGCCCCAACUAUCUGAUUGCAAGCGACCCCGAUCUCAUAAAGCGGAUGCUCAAUGUGCGGACGACGUAUACGCGGUCCGACUGGUACGAUGGCAUGCGUCUGGACCCGUCCAAGGACAACGUUCUGUCUCAGCGCAAUGAAGACAUACACGGCAGGUUGCGGUCGAUGAUGGCCGCGGGCUACUCGGGUAAGGAGGUUGACAACCUCGAGGCAAAGAUUGACAACAACAUCUUGGCCUGGCUGAACCUCCUCGAAACCAAGUAUGUGUCUGCGAACCAGCCGUUCGACUUGGCACGAAAGGCGCAAUACUUGACGCUCGACGUCAUUUCGGAUCUGGCCUUUGGCGAACCGUUUGGCGAUGUUGCGACGGACUCGGACGUGCACGAGUACAUCUCGACGAUGGAGACCAACAUGCCCAACAUCAUCGUGACGACGGUGAUGCCAUGGCUCAUGGUUGUGCUAUCAUCGCCCCUUUGCCGCUGGAUGCUGCCUUCGGAAAAGGACGUCAUCGGCCUCGGGCGCACAAUGGCCAUCGCCAAGCAGGUCGCAGCUGAGCGGUUCGGCCCUCAGAAAAAGGUGCAGCGUGACAUGCUGGGCUCCUUUGUCGCGCGCGGACUCACGCAGUCCGAGGCCGAGUCCGAGAUUCUUAUGCAAAUUCUGGCUGGGUCUGAUACGACGGCGACGGCGAUUCGAGCCACGAUGUUGCACGUCAUGUGCAACGCGCGAGUAGGCGAAGCCCUCCGAAACGAGAUUGAACAGGCCAACCCGACGUGGCCCGUCAUCACAGAUGCCGAAGCGCGACGCAUGCCGUACCUUCAAGCGGUGAUCAAGGAGGGGCUUCGCAUGUUCCCGCCCGUAGCGGGCCUCAUGGCCAAGGAAGUUCCCAAGGGCGGCGACACUUUCAAGGGCACGUUCUUCCCCGAGGGAACGCGGAUCGGAUACUGCGCGUGGGGCGUCGUGCGGUGGCCCGAGGUCUGGGGCAGCGACGCCCACGAGUUCCGCCCGGAGCGAUGGCUCGAGGCGUCGCCGGGGAAGCUGAGAGAGAUGGACGGCACGGUCGAGCUUGUGUUUGGGUACGGUCGCUGGCAGUGCCUCGGACGCAACGUGGCUUUCAUCGAGCUCAACAAGGUGUUUGUCGAGCUCUUGCGGCGGUACGAUUUGUGUCUUGUCGAUCCCACCAAGCCGUGGAAAUCGCACAACUUUGGCAUAUUCCUGCAGUCCGAUCUCUGGGUCAAGGCGUACAGGCGGGCCGACCCGGCGGCUGUGUAG